AUGACUCGCUUCAAUUUCUACUCUCUCUUACUCCCAUUGUCCUGGGCGGGUGCGGCUUUUGCCGGCCAAACAGCGACCGGCGAUGAGUCCAUCCUAGCCAAAGAAGCCGCAAGAGCCAACAACCAGUCUCUGCUAUGGGGUCCCUAUAAGCCGAACCUCUACUUCGGAGUGCGUCCUCGAAUCCCGGACAGCAUAUCUGCCGGAUUGCUGUGGGCGAAGGUGGAUGAUUUCGCUACUGCCCAAGGGAACUUCAGGCAUACCUGUGAACAAAAUGAAGGAAUGGCCGGCUACGGCUGGGACGAAUACGAUAUCCGGAAGGGCGGCCGCCAAACGAUCCACGACGCCGGAAACUCAUUGGACCUGACAAUUGAUUUCGUUAAAGUCCCCGGUGGAGAGCACGGAGGCAGCUGGGCUGCCCGUGUGAAGGGAGUGCCUCGCGAAGAUGCCCCUCCCGAUCAACCUACAACCAUUAUCUUCUAUUCGUCUCUGGAGGGUAUCGGCGACUUGGCUGUCACCACUGAAUCCGAGGACCCCCGGGGAUUCGAAGGUGAUGUGAGACUUUCUGGAAACACGCCUGAUCUCGGUGACUUUUCAAUCGAUGUGACUGCGGGCCCGGACACCAACGAACACCCCGAGCACGAUCACCCAAGUUACGAGGAUAAGCCAUUGGAUCGUACCUUGGUCUCUAGUUCGACCAUCCAAGCGGAGCAUGUCUGGCAAACAAAGGGUUCUCUUAUUACAGUCCAGUUGGCAGCGUUAAAUGUUUUACUAACUUAUUGUAUAGUUAUCCUGUUCUCGCAGAUGAAAGGCGAAGUCAAUGAAAUCAUCCAGAAAUAUGGACCAGAUAACCCUCCUCCGCCGUCUCAAGUUUUCUCCAUCAAAAACAUACCAGGUGACGGAAACAUUCAUCUCGUUCAGAAGGUGUUCAAGGGCGAGUUCGAGUUCGACAUUCUUUUCUCUUCCGGCUCUUCGCCCCAGCCUGUGACAUCCGAGAAACUGACUGAAGAGAUUGCAAGCGCUUCGCUGUCUUUCGCUGAUCGAUUUGAAAAGAUUCUUCCCCCGCAGGCUCCCUUCAACUCUAAGCAGUACUCCGAGUUUUCCAAGUCAAUGCUCUCCAACCUUGUCGGUGGCAUAGGCUACUUUUACGGAACGGAUGUUGUUGACCGUUCGGCAGCUCCAGAGUAUGAUGAGGAAAAUGAGGGCUUCUGGGAGGAGACGGCAGAAGCGAGGGCCAGAGCCCAUGCUGUGCUUGAGGGGCCAAAGCAGCUCUUUACCAGCGUUCCUUCUCGGCCGUUCUUCCCCAGGGGUUUCCUCUGGGAUGAAGGAUUUCACUUGAUCCCCGUUCUUGAAUGGGACACCGAUCUGGCACUCGAGAUUGUCAAGAGUUGGCUCAAUCUGAUGGAUGAGGACGGCUGGAUUGCUCGAGAGCAGAUCCUGGGCUCCGAGGCCCGCAGUAAGGUUCCGCCCGAGUUUACCGUCCAAUACCCCCACUACGCCAACCCUCCGACCCUCUUCAUCAUACUAGAGGCAUUCAUUGAUCAGCUGGUGGCAAACAAGAACGUUUCGGUGGAUAGGUCCCAGGAAGACCUUACCGAAAAUCUUGGAUCAGUCUACACCCAGCAUCCCGAAUUGGGUGAGGCAUAUAUUCGCUCAAUCUACCCUCUCCUCAAGAAACACUAUGCCUGGUACAGGAACACCCAGAGAGGAGAAGUCAGUUCCUAUGACCGAGAGGCAUUCUCGUCUAAGGAGGCCUACCGCUGGCGGGGUCGCUCUAUCCAGCAUAUCCUUACGUCCGGACUGGACGACUACCCUCGUGCCCAGCCUCCGCACCCAGGCGAGCUCCACGUUGAUCUGAUCAGCUGGAUGGGCAUGAUGACACGCGCUCUCCGUCGGAUCGCGGAGACCCUGGGCGAAACCGAGGACGCCGAGGAGUUCAAGGUAUACGAAACGGCCAUCGAACGAAACAUCGACGACCUUCACUGGGAUGAGGAAGCGCAGACAUACUGCGACGCCACUAUCGAUGAGUUUGAGGAAAGCGUUCACGUGUGCCACAAAGGAUACAUCUCCCUUUUCCCCUUCCUUACUGGCAUGAUCGGCCCGGACAGCCCUCGACUCAAGGCCAUCCUGGACUUGAUUGGCGACCCGGAGGCGCUCUGGAGUGAUUAUGGAAUCCGCAGCUUGAGUAAGAAGGACGAAUUCUACGGAACGGCAGAAAACUACUGGAGAAGCCCUAUUUGGGUCAACAUCAACUAUUUGGUCUUCAAGAACCUAUAUGACAUUGCAACCAAUGCUGGUCCUCACCAGGAGCAAGCUCGUGAGCUGUAUUCUAACCUGCGGAAGAACGUGGUCGAGAACGUCUUCAGAGAGUGGAAGGAAACGGGAUUUGCCUGGGAACAGUACAACCCUGAGACUGGACAAGGGCAGCGGACGCAGCAUUUCACUGGUUGGACUAGUAUGGUGGUGAAGAUGAUGUCGAUGCCCGAUCUCCCCGCAAGCAAGCAGACCGGGCAUGACGAGCUGUGA